AUGGAGGGCUCUGUGACCACAUCCGAGGAUCUCGGGGCCCCGGCAGAGUCUUGGGAGGUUGCUGAUGUCGACGCCAGCAUGCGCCGUCUCAUGCUGUCUUCUACAAAAAAUGAUGCUGUUUCAUCUGAUUCUUCCAGUAGUAAUAGGUCUGAGAAGGGUGAUGUUUCUCCUUCGAUUGGUGCAUCAGAGGAUUUGGUGAAUUCGGUGGAUCAGUUUCUAAGGGAGGCAUUGCAGAAUCCUCGUGAACGGCUCUCUGUUUUACGAAUCGAGCAGGAUGUUGAAAAGUUCAUCCGGGAUCCUACUAGAGAUCAGAUGGAGUUCCAACAGCUGCCUACUUCUUACUUGAGGUUGGCUGCACAUCGUGUAGCCCAGCACUAUUCACUGCAGUCUACAGUUUUAUUGGAUAAUCUGCCUGAUGGCUCUGUUUCCAGAAUUAUUGUACUCAAAACAUCUAAUAUUCGCCUUCCUUCUAUCCGUCUUGCUGACAUUCCUGUUAAUCUACCAACAGAAGAUGGUGGUGUUAAGGUUGCAAUCAAGCAAAGGCCGCAGAAAGGGUCACAAACCUUGAGUUCUAAUUCACAUUCUUCAAAAUCCAGUGGUUCUAAAAGUGUUGAGGAAAGAAAGGAGGAAUAUAAUAGGGCCCGAGCACGAAUAUUUAGUUCCAAUAGUUCUAGUGGGAAUUCGAGUUGGAUACCAGAAAAUGAGCACAGGACGAAGGAUAGCUUCCAGAAAGGUUCAUCCAGGAUAUCAAACAGUGAAGAGAGAUUUUUUCCAGGAGGUGGGUCUGAUCCUAUUCGUAGAAGUUUGUCUGAUUGUUCUACAGUUAGCAGUAGAUCACCUGUAAGUGGGACAGAGGAGCCAGGUGGUAGGUUCAAAACUAAUAAUAGGGUGGCUAUUUUUCGGGACCGUGAAGUUGAUCGUGCGGAUCCUGACUAUGACAGGAGCUAUGACAGAUAUAUGCAAAGAUUUGAUCCUGGUUUUGGAUAUAAUGGCGGCCCAUAUGCCAUUCAGCCUAUGUAUGCACCUGCCUUGAACUAUAACACUGAAUUUCCACAGCUUGGAUCAGGUCAUAGGCCUCUAAUCUCUACUGAACACCAACCUUGUCCCGUUCCCCAACGUCCACCUGGGCCAUGGGUUGCACCAUCAACUCCUGGUAUUGGGUAUGGUCCGCCAGAGACAAUGAUGGCUACAUUUAGUCCCAGUCAUGUCGGCGUGCGCAGUAACUCGGCUCUCUACUUUCACUCUGCUCAGUAUCCUUGUCAACACUCUGGAAUGCCAGUUAUCCAUCCCCAUGAAGCAAUUCACCAGCCUUUUCCACAGUCUUAUCAGCAGCGACAUGAUGCUAGUUUUGGAAUAGCCCAGCCCCGAUGA